AUGGGUGAGAUACAGCAGGAUACGUUGGUCGCUUCCCGUGAUACCAAACCUGUCCAUCUCCAGUCAUGGAGACUAGCUGUAGUCAUCGGGUCCUUGUGCCUUGGUAUCUUUCUCCUCGGGCUCGACCAGAAUAUCAUCGGGGUUGCCAUCCCACGCAUCACAACCGAGUUCAGAGCGCUGGAUGACAUUGCCUGGUACGGCUCUGCAUAUCUGCUGACCAUUACGGCUUUCCAGCCGUUCUUUGGUAAUCUGUAUAAGCACUUCAAUGCUAAGGUCGUUUAUGUCGUCUCCCUCCUGAUCUUUGAAGUCGGAUCUAUCAUCUGUGCAUCUGCGAAACAGUCCGAAGUCCUGAUCUUCGGCCGAGCAUUCUUGGGUCUUGGGGCUGCUGGGUUGCUUCAGGGUGCCCUGGCCAUCAUAGGAUAUGUGGUUAGCCUGGACAAAGUGCCCUUGUUCCAAGGCGUGGUAGUCAGCUCUCUCGGUGUCAGCGUGUCCAUUGGUCCGGUGCUAGGCGGUGUGCUCACUGAACGUCUAGACAGUAACGUUCCAGUCGGAGUCGCUGUUAUAAUAGCCAUCGUUUUUUUCGUGCGCAUACAAGCCUCGUCAGAUCAGGUGAACCAUGACCUGCCCCUAAAGACUAAGUUGAGACAGAUGGAUGCUGUCGGGACGGUCCUGUUCAUCGGUGCCGUCGUCUCGUUGCUGCUGGUCCUGCAGUGGGGUGGCCAGUUGUACCCCUGGAACAGUUCACGUAUCAUUGCUCUCCUCGUUGUUUUUGGCAUUCUCGUCAUUUUAUUUACUCUAUGGGAGUGGAAGCAAGGAGAUACUGCCAUUAUUCCCUUUCGAAUAAUGAGGAAGCGUUCAAUCCACAUGGGCGCUUUGGUCUUGUUUGCGCUGGGUGGAUCAAGCCUCGAUUAUGCAUACUACCUACCAAUCUAUUUCCAGUCCGCUCAAGGUGUCAGCACCAUUCAAAGCGGUGUACGGUUUAUCUCGCUAGUCCUGCCCCAAAUCGUCGGGUUAGUCGUUGUGGGAGCUAUUGUAUCUCAAUGGGGCUACUAUGUUCCAUAUAUGAUAUUAGGUAUAGUGAUCAAUAGCAUCGGCGCCGGCCUCCUGACCACAAUCGGUGUGUCUACACCGACAGUCGAAUGGGCUGCCUAUAUGGUCAUCAAUGGACUUGGCAUCGGAAUGGCGCAACAGCUCCCUUAUACCGCUCUUCAAGCUGUACUUGAGCCAGCGGAUGUUCCUAUAGGGAAUGCAAUUUCAGUCUUCUCUUACCAAUUAGGGGGGGCUCUAUCGGUAGGUAUAGGCCAAAAUCUACUCCUCAGCAGGCUGAAGACCGCAGUGCCCCAGUACACAGACGCCGUCUCGCCGCAAGAGGUUAUCGCCGUUGGCGCCACUGGCCUCGCUCAGAUUGCCCCAGAUGGGGCAGUCCUCUCUGCUCUCCGACACGCCUAUGCGGCGGCUGUGCGCGAUCCGCUGAUCCUAGCACUUGCUUUGGCUACUCUCGCGUUCCCAUUCGCGUGUGGCAUGGAGAGGCUGAAUAUCAAACAUAUAGCGCAGAAAAGAUUGGAUGAAAAGAGUGACAUUGAGGGGAAUAGUGCAAGGGGAGAUGAGCUUCAGGAUUCGAAUGUGAAGAUAUAA